UUGGUUGUUCCCGGGCGCUGACGGCGCCCCCGCAGCGACGCUGGACGGGGGCCUGGGGCUGCUGCUGCCCAUGCAGGAGAAAACCUACAGGAGACUGCUGAUGCUGCAGAACGCGCUCAGCUCCGCCCUGCCGCACCUGGCGGGGCUCAACCCGCGCGCCUUCAGGUUGCUGCAGUCGGAGCGGCGCCUGCUGCAGAACGCCGUGCGCAACGUGCUGGACGGGGAGCUGCUGGGCAGGUUCCUGUACCUGAGCGCCAUGGAGCGCGGCGAGCUGGCCAAGAAGAUCGGCACCACCCCCGACAUCAUCCUGGACGACCUCCUGGAAAUCGACCGAGUCACCGCCCACUUCUGAGGGACCCAAAAUCCCCCAAAUUCCCCCCAAAAUUAAAAAAGAACAAAAAAAAAUUCCCUAAAAAACCC